CAUUUGUCAGGGAUAUGGUAUGACGGAGACUACGUUCGUUGUCACCAUGGACACUCUCUUCACAGAUGGCACGUGCAAACCUGGCAGCGUCGGUAAAGUUUUACCCAAUACAUUAAUAAAGGUACCUCCAGCGGAGAUAGAAGCAGUGCUAUUGCAGCAUGAGGGAGUGCGUGACGUAGGCGUGGUAGGGCUACCGAAUCCUGAGGCCGGCGAGCUGCCCAUCGCCUUCGUAGUACCACAACUUGGAGCCAACCCUACCGAGGCAGAAAUGCAGCAUUUUGUUGCUGAAAGAUUAUCCAAUCCCAAGCAUUUAAGAGGCGGAGUACAUUUCGUGAAAGAAAUACCUAGAACUGCUACCGGCAAGAUACUACGAAAAAAUCUCAGGGAAUUAGCAGUUAAUUUAAAAUAA